CCCACCGAGGGUUUCUCUCGUUCUCUCAUCGAACCGCACCAAGAGAACCAGCAAAAAACCAUCAAAUUCUUUUCUUCCUUUUUCCUAUUCCCCCCCCCACCAAAAGUCAUCAUUAAAAUAUCUGUAGAAAAAUGAAAUGAUGAAUCACGCAGUAAAAUAUUCGAAUUCUAUUCCUCAAUUUUCUCCUUGUAAUUUGAGAUCGAUCUCUCUCUUUCAUUCUACUCCGGUAUUAGAAAGGAAAAGGAGAAGCCAUUACAAUUAUAGGUUCAAUUAUUAUGCAAAAAGGAUGAGUAGGAUAGAAUCGAAAAGAGCAUUGUUGCGCAAUAUGUCUGACUAUGCGGAAUAUCUAUUUCAGAGCUGGAAGGACGAAGAUGAUCCACAUAGUUUUUCAUCAAAUGAUGACACAGCAUGGUUUAGAAGAAAAUAUUGGUCAAAGGGAGCAAAAGUAAAUGGUUUUGGAUCAAAUGAACCGCAGUGGGGAAAGUACAACAACAAAAGGAAAGGAGGUUUCAACUUCUGUGCAAACGAAGAAGAAGAAGAAGAAGAUGAUGAUGAUGAUGAUGCUGAAACCAUAUUCAGGUCAGCCUUUGGAGGGGGCGGCUUCUAUUACUGGUCUUUUGAAACCUCAGACAAUUUCCACUGGAGGAACCGUUCUGGCCAAACUAACCGUACGAGCUCUUGGAAUUGGAGAGAUGAAACAGAUGAUGAAGUCGAUAGCCCCCCAAAAUCAGAUUUAACUUCAGAACGGUUAGCACUUGGGUUGAAAAGUUACGGUCCAAUAAAACUCGAAGAAGUAAAAAAUGCGUAUCGAGCCUGUGCUCUAAGAUGGCAUCCUGAUCGCCACCAGGGUUCAUCGAAGACAGUGGCCGAGGAAAAAUUCAAGCAUUGUAGCGCAGCAUACAAGUCAUUGUGUGAUAAAUUAACUGCUCAAUGAGGUGGCGGUUUUUCACGAGCAUGAGGAGUUGUUUUUUUUGACGGAGGUGUGUAUUAGUGGAACUAAUAAGAUUAGUGAUAUUUAUUCUUAUUUUCUGUUAUUUAUUAACUUAAAUCAGGAAAGCCAUUCUGGGCGUUAUGAUGUCAAAAGUGUAUGUAGAUGUAAAAGUAAAACCAAUGUUUAAUGCAUCCUUAAUAAGGAAAUAAAAGAAAGCCUUUUGAUGUAAAACUAUCGGCAUCAGGGGGAGCAAGCAAUUCUUAUAAUUA